AUGGCCGACGAGGAGAAGAAAGGGUCGCCAACCGAGACGGUCGAGGCCGCGACCACACAUUCGCAUACCUCGCACCCGUCGUCCAGAGGGACCUCGGAGCCGCCGCCCUUUAUCGAGUCACAUCUGCAGCCUCAAUAUGUGGUCGAGAAUGACGAACAAGAGUUGCCGCAGCGCGCUGGGCAAGAUCUACAUGUCACCGAAGACGACCUUCUCGAGGCGCAAGAGUUGGCCGACAGACUGACGCUCGCAGAGGUGCGCGACAUCAUGAUACGUGUGCAUCGAAUCCACGAGUUCGAUCCCAACUUUCCAAUUGUCGUUCUCCACAAGAUCAAGGCCUUUCUUGACCAUGAGUAUCUUUUCGUACCGCUAGACGAUAUCGACGACGAGAAAAACAAAUUUACCGCACACGAGGAUCUGAUUGCCGAAAUGAAGCUGGAGGCGGCUCUGAUCACAACCAACAGUCCGUAUGCCGAGGUCCGUGCCGUCGUUGACAACCACGACGACGUCAAUGCGCCCUCGUCAACGAUCCGCAGCUGGGCAAUCGGCUUGAUGUUCUCAUUGGCCCUCGCCUUCGUCAACCAGCUGUUCGAUAUCCGUCAGCCAACAAUCAGGGUGAUGGCCAAUGUUGCCCAACUCUUGGCUUAUCCCAUGGGUAAGGCAUGCGAGAAUUGGCUACCCGACAAGGGGUUCACACUCUUCGGCGUCAGGCACACACUCAACCCUGGACCGUUCCAUCGCAAGGAGCAUAUGCUCAUUACCAUAAUGGCCAACGUGGCGUACAACACACCAUACACCAACUACAUCAUUUGGGUUCAAUACCUUCCGCAGUAUUUUGACCAGCCUUAUGCGGCCCAUGCGGCAUACCAGAUUCUCAUUGCUUUGAGUACCAAUUUUAUUGGCUACGGAAUGGCGGGAAUAUGCCGGAGGUUCAUCGUCUACCCGUCUUACUGCGUGUGGCCCGCGUCUUUGGUCACAAUUGCUCUCAACUCCGCCUUCCACACGGGCGAGAACACGCCUGUUAAGGGACCUCUUGGUACGACAUGGCGAAUCUCGCGCAUCAAGUUCUUUUAUGCCAUGUUUGGCGCCAUGUUUGUUUGGUUCUGGUUCCCUGGCUACAUCGCUACCGCCUUGUCAAAAUUUAGCUGGCUGAGCUGGAUUGCCCCUAACAACAUGGUUCUCAACUCCAUUGUCGGAUUCAACAACGGCCUUGGCAUCAACCCUUUCCCGACUUGGGACUGGAACACCUUGUUGUGGGACUCAUCUGAUCCCCUUAUGGUUCCCUUUUUCAGCACCAUCAACCGCUUCUUGGGCGCCUUCGCGUCCAUGUGGGUCGUCCUUGCCAUCUGGUAUCGAAACGUCUACAACACAGGAUACUUGCCGAUCAACACGAACCGAGUGUACGACCAUUUCGGUCACUUGUACAACGUUACCUUGGCCACCAACGACAAAGGCCUCUUUGACGCCGAGAAGUACGAGCAAUACUCACCUCCAUUCCUAGGCGCCGGCAACGUCGUCAUUUACAUGUUUUUCUUUGGCGUCUAUACUUCCACGUUGACGUACGCGGCCUUGUACCAUCGCCGUGAGAUGGUCACUGGCUUCAAAGGCCUCGUCAACAGUUUCCGUCGCAACAAGGUGGCAACCGACGAGUCCGAGCUUGACGUUCACCACCGCCUGAUGAAGAAGUACCCCGAGGUGCCUGAGUGGUGGUACUUUGUAUGCCUUGUCGUUGCCAUCGGGCUUGGCAUUGCUGGCAUCAAGGGCUGGGAUACCAACACGUCUCCGGGGGUCGUCUUCUACGGCUUGGCCCUCUGUAUAAUCUUCGUGAUCCCUGUCGGCAUCAUCAAGGCCAUGACUGGUAUCGAAGUCACACUCAACGUUCUGGCCGAGUUUAUCGGUGGAUCCUUUGUUGAGGGAAAUGCUCUAGCGAUGAACUACUUCAAGUCAUUCGGCUAUGUCACCUGCGCUCAUGCGGUGUGGUUCUCCAACGACCUCAAGCUCGCUCACUAUGUCAAGAUCCCGCCUCGGCAUACCUUUACCGCACAAAUGGUGGCCACCUUUGUCGGAACCCUCGUCUGUGUUGGCGUCCUCAAUUUCCAGAUGCGCCACAUUGACGGUGUUUGCACGCCCGAUGCCCAGUUCCGUCUGACCUGUCCUGGGGUUAACACCUUCUUCACCGCCUCCGUCCUUUGGGGCACCGUUGGGCCUACCAAGAUUUGGGGUCACAAUGGCCAGUAUACCGAAACACUGGUCGGGUUUCCUCUGGGUGUUAUCAUUGUCGUCUUUUUCUACAUACUUCACAAGAAGUUCCCCAAGUUGGCAUGGGCUCGCCAGAUCCACCCCGUCGCCAUCAUGUAUGGUGGGAUAGUCUGGGCCCCGUACAACAUGUCCUACGUCUGGCCAUCAGUUCCCAUUGCCUACCUAUCGUGGAUCUACCUCAAGUCCCGCUUCCUCGGCUUGUGGUCUAAGUACAAUUUUGUCCUCUCGGCAGCUUGGUCGUGCGGCAUCGCUAUCGCGGGCAUUAUCAUCUUCUUCACCCUCCAGUGGACAGAGACCGAGUUCGUAUGGUGGGGCAAUGAAAUUCCAUACGAAGGCUGCGAGGGCAAGGCAUGUACGUUGAAGACGCUCGAGCCCGGCGAGUACUUUGGCCCACGGAUAGGCAACUUCCAUUGA